UCUUCUGAGAGCUCUUUAUGUCUCUUUACAGCAAACAGGCGUCCCACUGAACGUGUCCAUCCGUCUGCAGCUCAACCUCUACAUGAAGAAAGUAUCAGCCAUUACACAAACUGGAAAGAUUUCAGAUGUGGUGAUGCCGAUGAUCUGGUUUCAGGAGAGCGGUUACAUAGACGGCCCAAUCCUCUCCACGUUCUACACCAACCUGGUGGUGCUCCCCGCCGUGAUGGAGUACAUGCAGUACGGAUUCAUCGCCCUCGGCCUCCUCACGAUACUCAUCGCCUCCCUGGUGCAUCACAAAGCGAGGGUGACUCGUGUAACGGUCUUGUAUAGACGCCAAGGGUCACUUAGCGGGGCGUCUGAAAAACAGCAGAUUAAAGACUCUCUUGACCACGAAACAAAGGAGAAAUGUUUCAUAAAGAACUCAGAAAACUAAACAGGAAGGAGUCAACGAUGGAAACAAGAGCACGACUGACGAAAAAGACCCUCUACUACAAGAUGAUACAGACUGAAACAUGCAUACCUGCACACACACAUCACACACACACUCACACACACACAGCUGGUGUUGUGGACCCACCGAUGCCCGACGUUGUUUUAGGACUUGGACUGGAACCCGGUCUCACGGUGCUCACCUCGCUCUCCUUGCUCUGCCUCUGGUGGAGCGUCGUCACAUUUUACUGUACUGUAGAGUUUAUGAAACCCUCACCUGAAGAAUCACAUAUUUAAAAGGUGUUUUUGUGGAGGUUGUACGGGUCGAGACUUUAUUUGUCUCUCCAGGCGGAGCCGGUGAAGACGCUCCGUCUCUUAGAACUACUUUUUUGUACAGAUAUGCCAAAGCACCCCCGCCGCUGCGCCGCCUGCUGUCAGGCGGGUCCGUUUGUCCGUGUUUAUUUCGCUCUGCUGUGUUCGAGGAUAGCCGUCUUUUCUCCGUACCUUCAUCAGGAUCAGUAUUAGACUUUCACAAGGGAACCUGAAGAGCUGCGAAGCUCGUCUGUGACUGCCAUGUGUACUGUACUGUCAAAUCAAAGUGCCUUUCCUGAAGGGGGAACAUUUCUCAGGAUCCAGAGCCAAGCAGAGCAGACGCACUCCUCUUUGUAAACUACUGCCCUCUGUAAAGUGUGAAUGUUCUGUAUGAAAUGGACGUGACUGAAUUCUUUUCUUGUUAAAUGAGGAAAACUUGGAAGUGAUAAAUAAAUGUGCCUUUAUUUGAAAUGAC